CAGGCUUGGAUAUUGAGGCAGGAUCUGCUGCUGCUGCUGCUUUUGCGUGUGUGAUGAAAUGAAAUGCCAGUAUUGGGCUACCUCCAGGGAGCGCCUCGCUAUCCUAUAAUGUGAGCCAGCCAGCAGCUCUGUGGGAUUAGGGAGACGCUGCAUCCAUCAGGCCUCCAAAAGGACAAGACGCCAUCCAACAGGAAGGAGAGAUCUCUAUUUUUUUUUUUUGUCUUCUAUGCUGUGAAGAGAGGGGAUUGUCGUCAUCCCCCCAUCCAUCCUUUUCCCUCUCUCUGGUGCCCCCUCCUUCCUCUUCCGCCUCCACACUUGCUUUUUCGCCCUCAUUCUGUGUCAGAGGAGCGCGUUGGAAUAACAAACCUCCAUGUAUGACAAUUUGUAUCUGCAUGGAUUUGAAGACUCGGAGGCGGGCUCAGCUGAUUCAUAUACUAGCAGACCAUCAGACUCAGAUGUCUCUCUGGAGGAGGAGCGCGACGUGCAGGCCCAGGUCCAGAGCCAGAGCCCAAGCCAGAGCCAAGGACCGGGACAGAGCCGGCAGGAGCGGGAGCAGCAGGCCACCAUCCAACUGGAGAGAGCCAAGACCAAACCUGUUGCAUUCGCUGUGAGGACCAAUGUCAGCUACUGCGGCGCUCUGGAUGAGGAUGUUCCAGUUCCCGCCACAGCUAUCUCUUUCGACGCCAAGGACUUCCUCCACAUAAAAGAGAAAUUCAACAAUGACUGGUGGAUCGGCCGCUUGGUGAAGGAGGGCUGCGACAUUGGCUUCAUCCCCAGCCCACUGAAGCUCGAGAACAUCCGACUCCAGCAGGAGCAAAAAAGAGGACGAGUUCAAGGUAAGUCUGGAGGGAACUCCUCUUCAAGUGUAGAGGAUGAGGUGUCUGCCUCUAUCCGACCCCUCAUAUCCUCGGCAGGAAAGCAGAAACAGAAAGUGACGGAGCACAUCCCCCCGUAUGACGUGGUUCCCUCCAUGAGGCCGGUGGUGCUGGUGGGACCCUCACUCAAAGGUUAUGAGGUGACUGAUAUGAUGCAGAAAGCGCUCUUUGACUUCCUCAAGCACAGAUUUGAUGGCAGGAUAUCAAUCACACGGGUCACCGCCGAUAUAUCUUUAGCCAAGAGAUCUGUCCUUAACAACCCCAGUAAGAGGGCCAUCAUUGAGCGAUCCAACACCCGCUCCAGCUUAGCUGAAGUGCAAAGCGAGAUCGAGCGGAUCUUUGAGCUGGCCCGCUCCUUGCAGCUGGUAGUGCUGGAUGCCGACACUAUCAACCAUCCAGCCCAGCUCCUCAAGACCUCCUUGGCUCCCAUCAUUGUCCACGUCAAAGUGUCCUCACCUAAGGUUUUACAGAGGCUAGUCAAGUCCAGAGGGAAGUCUCAGAGCAAACACCUGAAUGUCCAGCUUGUAGCUGCAGACAAACUGGCUCAAUGUCCUCCAGAAAUGUUUGACAUCAUCUUGGACGAGAACCAGCUGGAAGAUGCCUGUGAGCAUCUUGCCGAAUACCUCGAGGCCUACUGGAAAGCAACACAUACCUCGAUGGCCACACCCCUGAACCCUUUGCUGGGACGUAACCUAGGCACCGGCACCCUCACAGCGUACCCCACCAGCAUCUCUGGACUGCAGGUACAACUGCGGCCAGUCGUUGUUUUAGUUAGAUAUAUGUCACCAUUUGUAUCACACCCGACUUGUGUGCCAUAUCAGCAGAGCCAAAGAAUGCAACAGAGCAACCACACGGGGGAUCACUCCACUGCGAACGAGCGUCGCAACCUGAUGACGUCCGAUGAAAACUACCACAACGAACGAGCACACAAGGGACGCAACCGCAUGUCGUCGGGGUCGCAGCAUAGCCGAGAGGCGCAGGACCCCUACCAGGACUACCAGGACCCCUAUCAGGAUGCGUAUAAGCCACACCGCAACCGUAGCUCCCCGGGAAGCUACAGCCAUGACUCCAGGCACCGGCUCUGAACCCACUUGAGUCAUCACGGGUGUCCGAAUGGUCCAGAUUCCACCUACCAAUGAACGCUACCACAUAGCCAAGAUGGUCCCAAGUAGCCCCUAUUUUCAGGGUGAUUCUUUAUGUAUUAGACCCCCGAAACAUUCACUAAAUUGAUUCGAGUUUUAGGAUGCCCAUGCCAACUUCUGGACCUUCUAGAUCACGGCGAGAAGAUGCUUAGCAUCGAUUGUGCUCGCUUCCAUCGGCGGUGGUCACGCGGUGCUGAUGUGACAUCACACCACAGCACACAGACUGCUAAAAUCCACGCACCUCACCAUGUAAAAAUCCUCUCGCCUUCUAGCUUCUUGCAUGUUAAUAGAUGAUGAACGUCUGCUUCCACUGCAUAGAUCUUUUCUAACUACCCUGUACAUACGGAGGUCCCACGUCGUCAAUCACCAGAUUGCGGUUUGAAAUGAGGGGUGAACUGGCUGCUAGUUGAAAACUUGGUGCUUCACAUUCCUGAACCAUUUUGGUUGGUUAACAUCACUUUUUGCAAGCCUGCUUUUCUGUAUGAAGCGUUAAGGUUUCAUUUAGGGGCAAACACCCUACCCCUACAAACGGUUUAAGAGCUUGAUGAAUAUGAUUUUUUUAAAGAGCAUCUACUUGGUAAGUUUCAAUUUGGUCGUAAUUAAAUGGCAGUGCUUUUGUUUCGUU